AUGAAGCCAAGUAAGACGAUCCCCAAAAACGUGAAUUCGGUACGACCAGCUGAUAUCAAAGUGGUCAUGGCCCUUGGAGACUCGCUUACUGCGGCUAAUGGCGCAGGGGCUGAAGACCCCGUUGCUGUCGUACUGCAGUACAGAGGCCUGGCUUUUCAAGCCGGUGGCGACAAGAGCCUCGAUGAGCACGUCACUAUUCCUAAUAUUCUCCGGGUCUACAAUCCCAAAUUAUUCGGCUACUCAAAUGGAAUUGGAUCACCAAAUGUUUGGGAGGUUGCCAGGCUGAAUGUAGCAAUGCCUGGUGCUGAGGCAAAAGAUCUACCGGGUCAGGCUCAACAACUCGUCGGUUUGCUACAAACUCACCCUGAGGUUGGCAUUAUUUGA